UUUGUUUUACUCGAAUUGGCCCUGCACCUGUGGCUAAAGUUAUAAAUAAUUUUUAUUAUUUUAUUUACCAAAAUCCAUGCAUCAAGAUGACGGAGGUACGCAUACGUCCUCGGCAAGUCCUGGUGCUCAUCAUUGUCUUCAUAAUUGUGCUAAUGAUGGUCCAUCGGAAUGGGAAACGCACCUGCCAGGGGCCAGAAUACCUUCAGGCUCUUUAUGCCGAGCAACAGGCGGACACGUUGACCAAAAUCUAUGCCAUAACGCCGACAUAUUCACGCCCAGCCCAGAAGGCUGAACUGACACGCCUAUCUCAUUUAUUUAUGUUGGUGCCAAGUCUCCAUUGGAUCAUUGUGGAGGAUUCAAAUGUCACCACACCCCUGGUCACGAAUCUCUUGCAUAGAGCGGGCAUAGAGAAACGCUCUACCCAAUUGAAUAUCAAGACGCCGCCGGAGUUCAAGCUGCAGGGAAAAGAUCCCAAUUGGAUUAAACCUCGCGGUGUUGAGCAACGUAAUCUGGCGCUAACCUGGCUGCGCAGUCAUCACGAUAACGACCAUCAUGGGAUUGUUUUCUUUAUGGACGAUGACAAUUCCUAUUCUGUAGAAUUGUUUCUUGAAAUGUUAAAAAUCCAGCCAGGACGUGUGGGCGUCUGGCCCGUUGGCCUUGUGGGUGGUCUAAUGGUGGAAAAACCACUGCUCAAUGACGACAAAACGCAAGUGGUUGGAUUCAAUGCCGCUUGGCGGCCAGAGCGUCCUUUUCCCAUUGACAUGGCCGCUUUUGCCAUUAGCAUGGACUUGUUUAUUAAAAAUCCACAGGCUGUCUUCUCCUACGAUGUGCAGCGUGGCUAUCAAGAGUCAGAGAUUCUACGCCACCUGACCACACGGGAACAACUGCAGCCGUUGGCCAAUCAGUGUCGUGAUGUUCUGGUCUGGCAUACACGGACGGAAAAAACGAAACUCACCUCCGAGGAGGCACUACAACGUCAGGGCAAACGUUCCGAUGGCGGCAUGGAGGUUUAGAUAAUUAAGCCAAAAGUCUUUAAUGUAAAUUAACGAGCGCUCCGCACUUUUACCUAUCCUUAACCUAUCAAUGUACAUAUGUAUGAUAAAUCUAUCCUACUUAAACAUAAGCAGGUGAACUGAUUAAGUUCGUCUUCCUAGAGAUUUUACUAUGUGUAUUUUGUCAAAUGUAUGUGAGAUUUAUAUUAAUAAUUAUGUCUACUCAAUUCUAUAUAUAUAUUAAACUAAGCCACUAAGAGUGACACAUUCGUGUGUCAUCUAAAGGUUGUAAAACAUAUCAAGCAAAUCAAUCUUUUAUUAAAAUCCCAAGCUCUUUGAUUGAUCUAGGUUCAUUCUAAACUGUAUAAUUCCCAUCUAUUAAUACUCCAAAGUAUGUCAAACCCAUAAAUAAUCGAAGUCUAUAAGAUAAUGGAUAAACACAUGUGAAAUAGUACAGUAAAUACGAUUUUA